AUGCCGUCGUUGAUCGCAUUUGGUCGUCGUUGGAAUAUUGCAAGUGACGAUUUUGUAUUUCCGGCAAUUAGUGAGGCAUUUUUUCGAUUUAUAUGGUAUUUGUUUUUUUUGGUAUUAGUAACAUGUAUAGUUGUUGCAUUAAAUAAUCCGUUAAAAUGUCGAUCACUGGAUUUUAUUAUCAGUAUGCUUGUAUUGAUAUCGUUGAAUUUAUUAACAAUAUUACUUUGUAUAACAAUAGCUCGAAUUAGUUCUCGAGGUGCUAUUCUUCAACCUUUUUCACGUCGUCAUAUUUCAACCUUACUUCAUAUUCGACUUCCAGUUUAUAUUAUUGAACUUUUAUGUACAAUUUAUUCAACAAUUAUUGCAUUUGUUUUUUUUUUAGUUUCUGGUGAAUUUUGUCACCUUACGCUUCUUUUUCGUUUAACGGUAAUUUUGCAAUGGAUUCUUUUGUUUGCUGUUUUAUUUGGAGUGGCGGUUUUCUCAUGCUUGGAUCGUCGAGGUGAACAAACUAUACGUUCUGCACUGAAUGAUAUUUCUACAAUGAUAGCGUCGUUUUUUGACGAUGUGGAUUUAGUUCCAUCAGAUAUUCUUGCUGGUCUUAUACUUCUUGUUCAUUCUUCGGAGCUACCUACAACUGAUUUGAUCCCCGAAUGGAUGACAAUUGAAAAUGCAAAAAAAACAUUUAAUUUUGCACUCGCGAUUUAUGGUUGGCCCACUUAUAUGCUUGGGAACUGUAAUUGUACUGCGUGUCUUGAACUAUGCAGAAAAUCGCAAUGCCACAAGACCAAUAGCAGAAUGAAUAUUACGACUGUAGAAGGUGAUAAUUGUUGUUUGUGCAAUCUUACUGCUUGUUCCCUCAUGUUGGAUUAUUCGUCCUGUAGUAUUCGAUAUAUCUCUUUUCGAAAUCAUCUCUAUGAAGUUCCUUUUGCUGUAAUAGCUGAUUUUGAGUCGCAUAGUGUUGUUAUAACUAUUCGUGGUUCAGCUUCUAUAACGGAUCUUAUUACCGAUUUGUCACUUGAUGAUGAGCCAGAAAUUCGAGUGCAUACUGGAAUGUUGCGAAGUGCUCGUUAUAUAUUAUUUGCUUUACGAGAACAGAGAAUUUUUGAGGAAAUGGACGAAAUUAUGCCAGGCUAUAUUACUGUACUUUGUGGUCAUUCUCUUGGUGCUGGAGUUGCCACUAUCUUAGCACUUCUACUUAAGAAUGAAAGAGAGGUCAGAUGUUUCGCAUAUUCUCCUCCUGGAUGUAUUAUUGAUGAAAAUGGUCUGGCUGCUACGAAAAAUAAUGUAUUCAGUAUUGUGCUCGGUGAUGACAUAAUUCCUAGACUAUCUUUUCAGACUCUCAAUGAUCUCAAGCUUCGCAUCAUCGAUUCUCUAAUUGGCUGUGAAAAUGCCAAAUAUAAAAUUUUGAUUAAAGGAUGCUUCAGGCUAUUCAUGUAUUCUUCAUCGUCGUCAUGGCUUAAUGAUGGUGUUUAUUUUUAUUUUUUAUAUUUUUUUCUUAUAUUCUAUAAUGAUAAUGGUUCUAAAGAACCAGCUACGUGGAUUUCAAAUUUAACGAAAAAUUUAUAG